CAAUUUUUCUACAACCCCCCCCCCCCAAAUUCAGUCUAGAUGCCCCCAAAAUUACAGCCACUCCCCUCGCCCAAUCGGGAUCUAGAUUUCUAAGGAGCACACGCCCCCCUGGAUACAGAGACGGGCCUAUCGUGUAUGACAGUCCCCACCCCCUACAGGGUGUGAACACGGAACGGUGACCCCGCCCCCCCACACACCCAACAUGGAGCAAAAGGCAAAGGUCAAGUUAUUCGUCUCCACCAGCCUGGACGCCAAGGAUGAGCUGGAAGAGCGUCUGGAGCGCUGCAUGGCGCUGGUGACCUCCAUGACUACCGGCGUCUCCGAGAGGGAGGCCAAUGACGCGCUGAACGCUUACGUUUGUAAAGGACCCACCCAGCACGAGGAGGUGUGCCUGGGUCUCUUCACAGUGGUGCUGUCUGAACCCGCCCAGGCCCAGAAGUGUUACCGCGAUCUGGCGCUGGUCAGCAGAGACGGGAUGAACAUCGUUCUCAACAAAAUCAACCAGAUCUUAAUGGAGAAGUAUCUGAAGCUUCAGGACACCUGCCGGACGCAGCUGAUCUGGUUGGUGCGGGAGUUGGUGAAGAGCAGCGUGCUGGGAGCCGACGGCGUUUGUAUGACCUUCAUGAAACAAAUCGCAGGAGGCGACAUUACUACCAAGAAUAUUUGGCUAUCUGAAAGUGUUCUGGAUAUCCUGAUGGAACAGAGAGAGUGGGUCAUGAAGAGCAGCAUCCUGAUCGCCAUGUCGGUGUACACCUACCUGCGACUGAUCGUCGACCACCACGGGACCCCUCAGCUGCUGGUUCUACGACAGAAGGAGGUGGACUUCUGUAUCAUGCUGCUACGAGAGCGGUAUAUGGACUGCUACAUGAUUGGUCGGGACCUGGUCCGCCUCCUGCAGAACGUGGCGCGGAUCCCGGAGUUUGACCUGCUGUGGAAGGAUAUGCUGCACAACCCGCAGGCCCUGAGUCCCCAGUUCACAGGAAUGCUCCAGCUCUUACAGUCUCGCACCUCCCGCAAGUUCUUGGCGUGCCGCCUGACCCCCGACAUGGAGACCAAGCUGCUGUUCAUGACGUCCCGGGUUCGGUUUGGGCAGCAGAAGCGAUACCAGGACUGGUUCCAGAGGCAGUACCUCUCCACCCCGGACAGCCAGUCCCUGCGCUGCGAUCUGAUUCGCUACAUAUGCGGCGUGGUGCACCCGUCCAAUGAGGUGCUGAGCUCGGAUGUUCUGCCUCGCUGGGCCAUCAUUGGCUGGCUCCUGACCACCUGCACGUCCAACGUGGCCGCCUCCAACGCCAAGCUGGCUCUGUUUUACGAUUGGCUCUUCUUCAGCCCGGAAAAGGACAGCAUCAUGAAUAUCGGUAAGUUUUUUUUUCUCUUUCGGCCUCGCUGCGCAGCGACUUUCUCCUCCUCGCGUCGCUGGCGCGCGUCUCGAUGUUUGAUCUCCUCUUAUCGCGUGUUAUCUCUCUGUAUCCUUCACCCCUCCGCCAGGCGUUUUCAUCCCUCCGCUUGGCCUUCACCCCCCGGCAUUCCUGCCUUUGUGAGAUGAGCGGGCACGCCGCCG